AAAGUCGAAUCCAAAAUGGAAUCAUCAUUCUUAGCUGCAAACAAUGGUCUCGAAGAUAUACAAUAUUUAAUACAUCUGGAAGCCAUCAAGCGAUUCACCGAAGACAACAAGAACGUUCAGCGCAAUGUGGAGGAGCACGCGCGUAACUGGCUAGACGCCAAGUGCGAGUACCAAAGCCACUACCAGCGCUUGGUCGGCAUUGCGAAGUGCACCCUGCUGCGGAACGCCGCAGACGCUCAGAAAAGCGUUUCUCUUGAUCAGGCCCCCCCAUGUAUAGCCAGCGAUGUGAAAAUGUUGGCAUCAAAAAUUGAUAGCGACAAAGAACCCACGAUGUUAGACCAACAGACCAUUGAGCAGUGCAGAAUCAAGCUGGAGACGGGCCACCGAGCGCGCUCCCAACUUAGAAAGCAGCAGCAAAACUGUGCCGACAAUCACGAGGCCCUCAAGUCGGUGCACGCGUCGGUGGAGCUUGUGGAGAACGGUCUGGAAGCGGCUAUUCUUCAGGCACUGGACAAUCCGGUCAGUGAGCUACCGCCGAGGGAAUCGGGCAAGAAUGUUGACUCGUCAUAAAUAUAUUUGGAAUACAUGGAUUCUUUGUACAUUAUUAAAAGCGUAACAGAUAAAAACUAUUAUUUACGAA